CUAAUGGGAAUAAACCCGAACGCGCUUUCAAACAAUGGACGGAUAUUUUGAUGCCACCUCUUCUGAAAGUUGGUCUCUUAACCACUUUGCCGAGUGGUGCGCCAUUAACAUUUCAUUCGAAACAUUUGCAAGAACAUACCACCACAGUAAUGGCAUUCCAUAAGAACAUCGCUGAGGAUCUCACCACUAUUGAUCGUGAUGUGAAGCCUACAAAAAAGAAAUCGACUAGAAAAAGAAAAUCAAUAUGUUAUAUCGAAAGUUCAGAGGGAGAUCAUUCAUCGGAUCUAGACUACACGGAGAAACCCAAAAGAAAACAGAAAUCAAGAUCAAAGCGACUACGAGGAAAAGCGAACUGUAAUGAUAUGGACAAAGGUGACAUUAUCGUAGAAACUUCAGAGGAUGAAAAUACAUUAAGCCUAGCUCAAUCAACUAUGACAUCAAAUAUAUCGGAAAAUACUACUUUGUGCGAAAUUUCUCCAAGUGCACCCCGACAAUCCCUAACGUCAUUAGAUACUUCAGAAGAUUUUGCCACUUCGCGAUUUCGCAAUGCUUUUCCUGAUGCCAAAUACAUGUGGUUAGAAAAGGAUGUACGAUCCAUAAAAGAGGCGAACGUUAUGUUUGCAAGUAAUUUCGGGGAACGAAAAACGGAUCUACUCAUUCUCAGGUUAUCUGACGCAAGAGAACUUUUGAAUGUUGAAGUAUCUGAACCUCCAUAUAGAUCAACAAAAAAACAUACGCCAAUUCAACAGCCAACUAUUUCCUUUUGUCUGCUAGAGAAACAGCAAACAACGCUUCGACAUAGACUGCAGAUAGCCAUCACUAACAGUUUCUUUACGUCACAUCUACCGGAUGAUGAUAUUUCACUCGUUACAGAAGAUAUGGAUGAAAUAUUUUUUGAGGUUAAAAUAAUUUAG